GCGGGCGGGGGGCGGGCGCCGUGCGGGGGCGGCCUGGCCGGGGCGCGAGCCGGGAGCCGGCGACGUUCAGAUUCAGCCUGCUCCGAUGACGUCUUGGGAGAAAUUCCCUGCGCGCAGCAUUUAUCUUUUCCAGCGUGACCUGGUUGUUUUCAGGAGGACAUCAAGUGUUGGGAGGUGCUCAGAGAAGGGAGGUUUGGGGGGAAUCCAGCCUGCUUUCCGCGAACUGUGUGUCGGUACUCAGCGUCUAGCACAAUCUUUGCUGUGCUAGUGUGUUAUGGGCAUUCUGAAAAUGUGUUUCUGAUGGACAAACUGAGAUUUAAAAGGUCACGUACAAGGAAAUCCUCUUUUUUCUUCCACGGAGACCUGCCCAUUUAUAUAAUACUUGUACCUGCUUGCUUGAACAUUUUGUUAUGGACUGGUAAACCAAGUAAUACCUGUCCUGAGUUACUUCUUUGUUGCAGAAGUUGUUAGGCUGCCCAAAUAACCCAGGUGUUAGAGGCGCUGCAUGCUGGUCUCUCAGAGCAGGUUGAGAGAAACGCAAAGUAUUCCUUUUAUAUACUAUACCACCUCAUUUUUCACUAAGCUGCUUUUCUCCUGAGGUUGUGGGGCAGGAAAGAGCGGCUGCUCCACCUGCCGUCAAAAGCUUGAGGCUUUAGUCUUUGUUGGGGGCUGUUGCUAGGUGAAAGAAAAGGCUAGAGGUUUUCUGAAUUUCUGAGCGGAAGCCAGGCUUGUACCAGAGGCGGUGUGAAUUUGGGAAAACAGAGGCUUUUCUUUCUCUCUUGGCUGAUGUUUCUGGGGUCCCUGUCCUGGGAGUUGUCUGCAUACCUCGCAUAACAGACAUGGGUGGUGCCUUCUCGCUUAAGGAGUCGAGUCGCAAGCUCUUGUGGUUUGUGCUUCCAACGUGCUGCUGUGAACGUAGGUUUCUGAGAGCUCGUUUGAGAAGCUUGGCAUAGCAACGGAACAGCGCCGUGCAAGGUUAAAUCAUUGUUGUUCUGUUGAUGCUAAAACCACAGCAUGUACUUUACAAAGGCAAUGUGACUUGGUAGCUGUGUCAGCACGACGUUGACAAGCGUUCGCAGUCCUGGAGUCAACAUCUCUGGAGAGUGAACCUUCAUGUCAGCCACAGUGACAGCAGCAGCCCACGUCGGCUGCCUGCUGUGGGAGCCCUGUCAAGCUACUGAGUGCAGGAGCAGAUUUCCCUUGAUGUUUGUCUGUGCUGUUGCCUGCUGAUGUAACUGUUUUAGCAGCCGCCGGAGGGACUCCCAGCAGCUUGCUUUCGCAGAGCCCUUGGCAGGGAACGUUCGCCAGGAAGCGCAAUGAAGAUCGUGAUAGCCAAAGUGCUGUGUCUGCUGGGCGUCUGUGUCCUCAUGCUGGUCGGGUCCCUCCUACCCGUCAAGAUAAUCGAGGCAGAUUACGAGAAAGCUCAUCGCUCCAAGAAGGUCAUUGCCCUCUGCAAUUCUUUUGGAGGAGGGGUCUUCCUGGCCACCUGCUUCAAUGCCUUGCUGCCUGCUGUGAGAGACAAGCUCAGUGAAGUUCUCAGUCAGGGGAACGUGACCACGGACUACCCCGUAGCUGAGACCAUCAUGAUGGUUGGCUUCUUUAUGACGGUCUUCGUCGAGCAGCUCAUCCUGACCUUCCAGAAGGAAAAGCCCUCCUUCAUUGACUUGGAGACCUUCAAUGCUGGCUCAGAUAUCGGGAGCGACUCUGAAUAUGAGAGUCCCUUCAUAGCAUCUUCCCGAGGGCGCACGUUGUACAGUGAACACGGUCACCACUCCCACAGCCAUGGUCUGAACAUCCAGGAGCUCUCCCGGUCCAGUCCCUUACGACUCUUCAGCCUGGUGUUCGCUUUAUCGGCGCACUCCAUCUUUGAGGGACUGGCCCUGGGCUUGCAGGAAGAGGGUGGCAAAGUCAUGAGCUUGUUCCUGGGAGUUGCUAUUCACGAGACAUUGGUGGCAGUGGCGCUGGGUAUCAGCAUGGCCAAGGCCUCAUUGACACUGAAGGACGCUGCCAAGGUAGCUGUGACCGUGAGCCUGAUGAUUCCUCUGGGCAUCAGCAUUGGGAUGGGGAUUGAGAGCGCCCAGAACGUGGCCAGCAACAUUGCUUCUGUGCUCCUACAAGGCAUUGCAGGAGGCACUUUCUUGUUCGUCACCUUCUUUGAGAUCCUUGCAAAGGAACUGGAAGACAAGAACGAUCGUCUCUUGAAGGUCCUCUUCCUGGUGCUGGGCUACACAGCUCUGGCUGGGCUGGUCUUCUUCAAAUGGUGAGCAGGGAAGUGAUGGAAAGAAAACCUUACCUCCUUCCCCUUGCAGAUGGCACCAGAAGUGAGCCUACCCUCCAGCCAAGGGGGGCACUGAAGUUUAAAAGCUAAGUGAAACAACGUAGUCCCGGUGGUAUCUCGGUAUCGACCUGAAGAAGGAGAAUUACUUUCUGUGGACACAAAGGGAGAUAAAAACAAGGAGUGUCCCAGUGUAGAUGUCACAAGAUAUUGUCCCUGCCCAUUGGAUCUGCGGGUCAGCAGCUUGUGCAGAGAUUACUGGACACAAACAUUAAGUAUCCGGUUCUGACACCGCCUUCAGAGAGAGCUUGUCAAGCAUGUCUUUCCUAUUGAUCUGCACAUCCAACCCCUUCCCUUCCUCCCCUCACACCCGUUUCAGAAACUUUGGUUGAGAGUCUGCUUCCUUCAGUCUCUGGUUCUGAGAAGGUGAGAAUCGGUACCAGAGAAAUAAAGUCAAACGCAGGUGGGAUAAUGA